AUGGACGCGUCGGAGAGCGCACAAGAGCUGCAGGUGCAGACGCAGGAGGUGACAAUGGAGGGGGAAACACCGUCGCGGCAGGUGCGCGCGACGGUGGUUCAGGCGGCUACAGUGAUGUACAACACGCCUGCCACGCUGGACAAAGCCGAGCGGCUGUUAGCGGAGGCAGCGCAGCUGGGCAGUCAGCUGGUGGUGUUCCCAGAGGCGUUCAUAGGCGGCUACCCCAGGGGCGCCAGCUUUGGAGUGCUGGUGGGGUCCCGCACGGACCGAGGCCGGGACGAGUUCAGGCGCUACCAUGCCUCCGCCAUUGAUGUGCCGGGGCCCGAGGUGGCGCGCCUAGCAGCAGCAGCAGCCAAGUUCGGAGUGUUUGUCGUGAUGGGAGCAAUCGAGCGGGCGGGCGGCACGCUCUACUGUUCAGUACUGUUCAUCGACCCGCGCCUGGGGCUGGUCGGGCGGCACAGGAAGACAGUGCCGACCGCUUUGGAGCGCGUGAUAUGGGGGUGCGGUGACGGCAGCACGGCGGCUACGGUGGUGGACGCGGGGGGGGUGGGGCUGGUGGGCGCUGCCGUGUGCUGGGAGAAUCGCAUGCCUAUGGUUCGCAUGGCACUGUAUGGGAAAGGAGUGGAGCUUUACUGUGCGCCAACAGCAGACUCACGGGACUCCUGGCAGGCCACGGUGCAGCACAUCGCGCUCGAGGGCGGCUGCUUCGUCCUCUCUGCCAACCAGUUCUGCGUGCGCUCCGACUACCCACCGCCCCCCGAUUUCGUCUUUUCCGCGUCCGGGCGGCUGGAUGCAGACGAGCCGCCGCCAUCCGCCGUGGUGUGUCGGGGCGGCAGCGUGAUCGUGUCUCCACUGGGGCGGGUGCUGGCCGGCCCAAACUACGACGGACAGGCACUGCUGACCGCUGACCUGGACAUGGGUGACAUUGUACGGGCCAAGUUUGACUUUGAUGUCACGGGGCACUACGCUCGGCCGGAUAUAUUCUCCCUGCGCGUCAAAGAGACAUAUUACUCAACUGCACACGCCCUCAACUUGACUGCGGUGUGCACUUACUCGGGUGGGUUGAAUUGA